CCGCAAUGGCGAACAAGGGAGAUUCAAAUUUGCAGACUAACGCGCUACUUGCUCUCCUUUCACCCUUCUCCUUUCAGCUCACAUCCACUUUUCUAUUCCUCAAUAUCAUCAAACGAGCGCACGGUGCCCAAAAGCACCCCAAAUCAACCGAAACUACCCACCCCGUCGCCUCGUCACCCCUCAUGAUUCCACAUCACACACACCACUCUAGCAGUGCCAAGACCACGACUUCACCUUCCCCCCACUACUAUACCCAAUGCAACUCCCCGCCUUCGCGCUCGUCGCGUCAUUAGAGCACGAACUGUCGCUG